AUGUUGAGACAGAAAGCGUUGGUUGAUGUGCUUGGACAAGUCAACACGAGUGGUGUCGAUGGAUCGUGGCUUUUCAACAAGGAAGGACUGCUUCUGGCGUACGUCGGAACCGAGCAAAAGGAGGUGGCGUCGAACGUGUCGUCGGCACUUUUGGCCAGUGUCUGGACGGCUUUGGAGAGAAGAGCGAACGAUUUGAAAGAGACGAUUCUCGUGUUGGAGGAUGGCGUCAUCGUGUGCACACUCGUGGCUCGCUCAAUGAUGCUCGCGAUCCGAGCCAGCAAUCAGACCGAUUUGGGAUUGGUGCGCGCCAAACUUCACUCGUUGUCAGCGUAUCUCGAGCAGCCGAUUCUCUCAAUUUCACACGAUUUGGGAUAA